CAAAUAUCAUCCAGUUAUUUGUUCCAGUCGACACGAUAACAUAUUAUCAUACUUUAGUUUCCUAGAUAUUCUUUUUGAGGAGUGAAUUUUUUGUGCAAAAAUGAACACUGAUUCCCUCGAUAUUGGUGAAACUUUCGGAGUGAAGCAAGAUUCUCUAGUUUCUGGAUACACUAAAAUUCUGCAAGACAUCAUAAAAGAUAGGCGAAUUCGCUGGGAGAAUUUUACUCAACAAAGCUUCGCACGUUUUCUCCUUGCUCAUCCCAAACUUAAGAAGAACUGGAACAAGGAUGAAACAAGGAUGAUGGAUGGAAAUAACUAUGACGAAUGGGACACGACCCUCUGUGCAAAAGUCCUCCUGUUACCACACACUAUUUGGACCCAGUACCAACUUCCUUUCCCGUUUAAAGUUACACAAGACGAGAUAACAGCCAUCGAAGAUUUAAGGAAUCUACGAAAUAAUACAAAGCACCGAGUAAGCGAAGAUGAUAUCACGGAAAGAGAAUUUGAAAAAAAUUGUCGCCUCGUUUCAAGUAGGUUACAAAUUUUGGGAGUUAGUACCGUAGAAAUUUCCAAAAUAAUCGAGGAAGCCAAAGUUCUAGCUGUCGUGGACAAGAACAAAGUCACAAAUCACAUCAACAAGCUAAAAGAGACGGAUUGGAAAUUCAAAACCCUAAAAGUAUUGGGAAGUGGGUCUUUCGGGAUCGUUAUCCAUGCUCAAGAUGACAUAGAUGAGUCGAACAGUGCAGUCAAACUUAUACCAAAUCGAGAACAUGGACUCAAACUAGAGGAAAAUGAAACAGUAAUUAAAGAAGCAAAGUUAUGGGUGGAUCUAAAUCAUGAUAAUGUCGUGAAAUACAAAACUGCCAGCUUUUUUGCCCUUUGGCCAGCGACGCUUAAAAAAAUUUUGCAUCUAGACCAAACAAGUACCCACUUAACCGACUUUAUGCGUGCAUGUUUUCAAAGAUCGGAUGAAACGAAGAAAAUUAUAAAAGGGCUUUAUAUUCAGACCGAAUUAUGUGGCUCUACGCUGAGAAAGUGGCUCCACAUGAGCCAAACAAAUCAAGACUAUUCUGACCUGGCCCCUGAAAUUUGUCUUGGUCUGGUCUCUGGAGUGAAUUAUAUUCACCAGAAUAGAAUAGUACAUAGAGACUUGCGACCGGAAAAUAUAUACUUCAGUAUCGGUCGAGAUUUCAUGCUGCCCAUUAAAAUCGGCGAUUUUGGCUUAUCUACCAGAUUACUUGUGGAGCAUGACGCUUCAACGUUAAGCAAAGAUGUAGGAAAUCCUCUCUAUCGAGCUCCAGAAAUGAGCGAAUCACAUGAGACAAAAUCUGAUAAGGCAAAGUAUGGGUCGGCCGUGGAUGUUUAUUCCGUGGGUCUUAUCAUAUCCGAAAUUUUCGAUCCAGAAGUAUCCAUUCAAGCAACCAGGAUGAAGUUUAACAAGAUAAUCUACAAACUGGAUACUGGGAGAAAGAUUAAGAGGAAUUUUCCCAGGCUGGACGAGAUCAUUCUUAAGUUUACGAGUGAAGAGAGUGACGAAAGACAGGAUAGAGAUGAGUACGGGAAGACAAUGCCAAUGUCGAUUUGCAUGGAGGAUUUCCAAAAAUCUGAGUCACCUAGAAGAAUGCAGGAAAUUCCCAGAGCAGCGACCACGUUUGCAACCAAUUUACAUGAGUCGACGCGUCGCAUGGAAAGUUUGCGAUUUUCAAGCAGUUUUCAAGAUGAAAGUGAUGAUGUCGUCAGUCCUGUGCAAUUUCACUCCGCACCCCUCCGCACGAGAUUUGAAACACCGUCACCGAACUUUGUGCUGGGUGAUCCCGGCUAUGGAACAAUGGACUCUGGCCAUUUGCAAAAAGAUAAUAUUGUUCACCUUCGAAAAUUACUUCAGGGAAACAAGCAAAUGUGGACUGAUGGGAAAAUUGCGAGGUUUUUUAAUUGCUUGGAAAACACGACUCGACAUCUUCCUAAAGAUUUUGAUCCGAACAGUUUAAGAACAUGUGUCAAUCGCAACUUGUACAGAAUUUUGGAACGGAAUCCUAACUUACUGAGCAAAGUUAAGUUAAAGGAUGCCUUGAAUCAGUGUGGAUUCCUAAAUUUAUCGGACAAAGUCGACACACUUCCAUUUAGCUAAAAUUGGAGUCCAUGGAUUACAACAAUCAACCAAUGAGGAAGUUUUGGUACCACUGUUUGCAUUUCUGUUAAAUAUUAAUCUGAUCCGUUUAAUUUAAUGAUACAUAAAUAUGUUGUAUAUAGAUUAGUCGGUUAGGGAUUUAUGUGAAUAAAUUGGACACAGAAAUAUAUAAAUAAAAACAUUAUGAAAUAA